AUGUCGUAUUCCCCAGAACUUUCUCCAAUCAACUAUUCCGAAGAGGACGAAGUAGAGAAGCCAUCAGCCAAGGCCACACCUACUAUCAAAUUGAAACUAAAACUGAACCCUUUACCAUCUGCUAGCACAGCAACAGCAACAACAACAACAACAACAACAGACAAGAAGAAGAAGCAUAAAAAGAAGCAUAAAAAGAAGCAUAAGCGAUCCAAACAAGCAGCAGCAGAUGACUCUGAUGGAGAAGAAUAUGCCGAACAACCUGAAGAGCACGUCUAUGUGGGUGGUAAACGACCCUUUGCCUCAUUACAACACGACCAGCAACCGAACGAUCAAGAUUAUUAUCAACAUCCUGAGGAAGAUUCCGAUACAGAGAGCUAUCAUCCAACAGAUACAGAGAAGCCAAGAUUAGGCAGCAGCGAUCGCAAUCGAUACGAUGCCUCUCCUACACCCUUGGAGUCAGUGGCAAGUGCUACACCUUCUCACCCCACCACCAUCUCUCACAAGAAGGGUAGACGUUCUUCUUCCAUGAAGCCCAAUGCAGGUGCUGCUGCUACUGCUGCUGCUAGUGGAGAGAAGCCUAAAAAGAGAGGUCGCCCUACAAACAAAGCGAAAGCUGCAGCCAUCAUCGCCGCCAUGCCUCCCAAAGUGCCUGAAGUACCCAAGAAAGACACGAAAUCCAUUCUCACCAAGUUACUAGACAACAUUCAAAAACGAGACGCGUAUGGCUUCUUUUUGGAACCUGUGGACCCAAAGCUGGUACCCGAUUAUCUAAAGGUGAUCAAAGUGCCUAUGGAUUUCUCCACGAUGCGCAAAAACAUUGAAGCAGGGAAAUACCAGACUGGAGAGGAUUUUCGUCAUGAUUUUGAGUUGAUCAUCUCCAACGCAAAAAUCUACAAUUCGCGAGAAACCAUCUACUGGAAGAGUGCAGACAAGCUACAUGAUUUCGGUAUGAAACUAAUUGAUCGUGCAGCAAAACAGAUUGAAGAAGAAAAGUUAAAUCAAGCUGCGCUUGCUGCAGAGGCCACUGCUAUCGCCAAAGCCAAUGCAACCGCUGUCAAAGCAUCUCCGGCAGCAGCAGCAGCAGCAAGUGAGGACACUGGCAGCAGUAGAAAAAUGUCCAUCUCAUUUUCAAAACGUAAAGAGUCAUUUGGCGUCAAGGAAGAGGAUGUGGAUAUCAUGGGCAUUGAUAGUAGCAUACCGGCACUGAGAAAACAGAGCAGACAAGGGUCAGAAAUACAUACAAGGGAAACUAGUGUGGAUAUUGCUAGCUCCCGCGCCAUGACACCUAUACGUUCAUUGACAUCGCCUUAUAAAAAGAAGAAGAAGAAGGUGGCAGACACGGGUGUUUUAUACGGCCCUGAUGGUUCAUUGCACACUGUGGGAGGAGUGUCUGAUCUGGAUACAUUACUGCCCAAGGAGCAUCCAUUCGCUGACCCGCCUCAGCUCACCAUUGCCAAUCCUGCAGCUUUACCAUCUGCUUUUUUCUUGAACCGACAUUCCACAGACGACUUUUUUCACAACAAGCAUUUGGUGCAUUCAGCUCAUUUCUGUGAUUACGGACCAUUCACUACAUUGGGCGGCCAGCCGCCAGGUGCCUUUUACACAGCAUUGGAUGCCUCUUAUAUUUAUCCCUUGUACGGUGAUGAUCGUGGUGAAGCUUAUAUGAAGAGUAUAUGGGACUUUUUAGACGAGGAUGACGAUGUAGAUCUGGUCAGUGAGAUUGAACAAAAGGCAAAUCAUUUGACUCGUGGUGCUUGGAGAGUGGUGCAGCAAACGAUGGAGAGAAGGAAUGAUAACCUCGAAAAGAAGGAUACGCCAUUAGAUCAGUAUGCUACCAUUGACACUGAAUUUGGCAAAGUGGAGGCAGCUGCUAUUGUAGAUAAGAUUGAAUCCAAACUGAAUCCGCCACCUCCUGCUGCUGCCCCUCAACAACAACAACAACCUACUACACCUACCGACCCUUCAUCUAACCCCGUUGUGCCUGCUCCAACUGCCGCUCCCUCUUCCACAUAA